UUUAGCCCCCUCCUUCCGACGUAGUAGGCUGUGUAUAUUCCUUUCUGAUUUUUUUCGUAUUUAUUUUUUUUUAUUGUUGGACUUCAGAAAUACGCUUUUUAGAUUUAUAUAAUUUGGUUGCAUCCUAAAGAAAAAAACAGUAUCAGUCAUAAUGGAAGACUAAAAUAAGAAAGGUUUAAACUGCAACAUUUUUUGUUUUGUUUUGCCUCACUUUAAUGGAGCGGAUGAUCGCCAGGUCAGGCAGUGAAUCCCGUGGCUUUGCAGGGGAGGUAGCUGUAUCCAGUGGGGUGGCAGGUGUAUCCAGGGGCUAUAAUGAAGUUAUCAGGUCCCUUGGAGAGCCAGAAACUGUCUUUCCUUUUGGAAACGGCAGUUUCUAGGGAAGCUCAAAUGUGGAAAGUGUACGUGCCCAAAAAUCCAACGAGUCAGGAUACAGAUAUUUCUCCAGUUCAGCGUGAUGAGGUUGUUCGAUGGAUGUGUUCUCUUACCAGCAAAUUCCAUCUUUAUCCAGAGACGCUUGCACUUGCCAUCAGUAUUUUGGAUAGGUUUUUAGCCGUAGUAAAGGCCCGUCCAAAGUACCUUCGCUGCAUUGCUAUUAGCUGUUUCUUCCUCGGUGCUAAGACUAAUGAGGAGGAUGAGCGAAUUCCAGCAUUGCAUAAGUUAGCAAAAGACAGUGGCUGUGGUUGUUCUCCAUCAGAAAUACUUAGAAUGGAAAGAAUAAUUCUGGAUAAACUCAGCUGGGACCUGCUCACAGCAACACCCCUGGAUUUCCUUCAAAUUUUCCAUGCGAUGUUGCUGUCCAGCUGGCCCCAGCUGUUGUGCACUCGGCCGAAGGUCAGCCCGUCCCAGCAUGUAUCUAUGCUCACUAAGCAGCUUCAGCAGUGCUUAUCUGCUCACCAGCUGCUGCAGUUCAGAGGCUCCAUGCUGGCACUGGCCAUUAUCACUCUGGAGCUGGAGAAGUGCCGUCCUGAUUGGCUAAGCGUCAUCGUCAACAUGCUGAAAGUAUGCCAGAUUGACAGCUCCCAGCUUGUUCGAUGCAGAGAGCUGGUGGCACGUUCCUUAUCCUCACGUGACGUUCCCUUGCCACCCAACACUGUGUACAUCUACCAGCCCCUCAAACAGAGCCUGAUCCCUCAUGACAGGGCUGCAAUUCAAGACCCACCUAUCUCCACCAUUCCAGAAACGGGGCUUGAGAUGGCGAUCAGAAGCAGUGGGCACCCUAGUGGGCUUGCUGCUUCUUGCCAUCACUUGGCCCCAUUUAGAUAUAAGCAAGCCUCCACCAAACGCAAGGUGGAAGAAAUGGAAGUUGAUGAAUUCUACGACGGAAUCAAGCGGCUAUACAAUGAAGACAGCGCUCAGGAGGGAGCAGCAGCGGAGACCUGUGGGGUCACUUUGGUGCGCCAGGAAAGCAGCCUCUCCCCCUGCCCCCCCCUGCAGUCUGUUAGCGUCAUGUAACCUUUUUUUUUUUUUUCUUUCUUUGCAAGACUCGGGGAGUACAGCGAGUGCACUGGCUCUAAGUAUUCUUACCAGGCUGUCGUGAAAUGAGCCAAGAGAAAUGAUUUUAGAGCUGAUCAUAUAGUACUCAUUUUUCAGCAAAAAAAAUAUACUAAAAGAUACAAAAAAAAUUAAAAACGAUGGACUUAAGGAAAAAGAAUAAAAAUAACUUGUGUCCGCAUAGUCUUCAAUGCCCAUCUGCAUCUAUUGCUUUGCUCUUCAGGCUUGUUGAGUCUCCUCUCUUUGCUGUUAGCUAUAGCAUCCUUCCCUUUCGCUUGUUUCAAGCUGCUACUUUCACGAUGCCCAACUAAGUAUAAAAUCCAAAAGUUGUAAGAGCAUCAAACUGUCAUUGCAGCAGAUGAGUACUCAGCCGCACUGCGUACAUAAUGUGAGGGGAGUAAAGACGGCUGAAUUACUGAGAAAAUGUUGCUGUCAGAUAUUUCCAAAAUGGCCUCCUCUGUUUUGUAGGAUUUCAGCCAGGGUCUCUGCUGUAGCUCUGAUCUCAGAUCUUUGACAAACUCCGUUCCCCAGUAAGCAGCCUAAUAUGGAAUGUUUUGUUCCUUAGCAGUAAACUUCCUUUAAUGUUUGUGGUUUUUAAGGGGUAGCAACAUUGUAACAUCUGUAUGUAAUAUUGUGCUGCAGUGGUGUUUGUUUGCAAAGUCCUUUGUGAACGCUUUAAAGGAGAAAAGGAAUCUGAAUUUCACAAACUCUGUAUUCAUUAUUAGACUGUCGGCAACAAGCUCAUUCAUCAGCCUGUCUCUGAGUCGGAGUAAGAGUCGCUGUGUCAUUGAACAAUCCGGUAGCAAUAAAACCUGGGGUCUUUGCAUUGCC